AUGUAUUUUUUAUAUUUUUUACAACACCAAAAUUUAAAUGGCAAACCCCAAUCAUCUUCUCCCAUUCUUCUCAAAUCCACUCCCUAUGCAAAAUACCCACAUGCCGAAUCGACAUAGUAUCAAACAAUGUUCUUUCUGUAACCAAAAAUAUGGAUGCUUAUCGGCCAUAUCAGCCGGUACGUGCUGAUCUAUGAAAUUAUGUUUACAUAUAUAUUGCUGAAGUUUUCCUGCACCAGAAAUCCCCACAAAGAACAUUUUUUGUGAUGUUUGAAGAGAGGUGAAUUCCUGUCGGUGAGUUUACGAAGAAAUUUAUGAGCAAUUGGUUAAAUGCAAUACGAAGGCCCUGUCGUAAUAGUGGAAGAUAGAGUUAUAGUGCUCUUAAGUGCUUUGAUAACCAUCACUCUCUGCAUUUCGGAUUUGAGUGUUCCUUGAAAAUGCUCUGUAACAAUAAGCAUAGCUCUCUCUCCCCCUUAGAUUGCACUUAUCGGAUUGUAAGGGUUUGGUUAAAUGGAAUAUGAAGGCCCUGACGUAAAAGUGGAAGAUGGAUAGUGCUCAAUAAGUUUUUGUCACUCUUUGCAUUUUCUUUCCUACUCUGUGCUUUUCUUUCAUGGAAUCUUUGUGCUUUGAUCUCCAAAAAUUGUCCUAUUCUGUUCAAAUAUAAACACUCUUCUUUCUUUUUCUCUUGAUUGUUUAUAUGGGUUGGCAUCUCGCAGUUCUUACUAGUGUGGUAGUAUGUUUUGUGUUUUAGUAUUAUUUCCUGGUCCCAUAACACCAAAAAGUUUUUUAUUAUCUAUUGCAUGUUGACUGUAACAGCUGCCAAUUAUACACAGCUAGAAGCAAGACUGGUUGGCAUUAAUGUAGUCGUUGGAAGGUGGGUUAGGAAGGUGAUAUUAGUUUCCUUUUUAGCGAAUGAUUUGAUGAAUUGGAGCCUACUCCUAAUGAAUUUAUCAUCACUUAUUGAUAGGCAAGCCGAGUCCUGUGAUUCAGCUUGCAAGUUGAAUGGACAGCCAUGUGUUUUGAAUAAACUUCUGUUUGCAGAAAUUUAUGAGUUGCAAAGGAGCAUGCUUAGAAAGUAUGGGAAGUGAUCAACCUGCUGAAGUUGCUAACGAUGCUCCUAAACACUCGGAUUCCAAAGAAUCAAAAAUUGUUAGGAACGGGACAAUUAUAUAUGUGAUAAAGGAAAUAGAAAUGCUGAAACAGAAAAGGGAAACACUAUUUUUUCACAGAACUCAGGAGCAUGCUUGUACACUCGAACACAGUCGAUGCUUUCCUGUGAUGGUUCACAUCGGCAUACCAGGCAAAUUUGUCCAUGUGCAUAAUGUCUGCUUUGUAACCGGAGAACUGUUUUUUCAGGAAGAUGACUUUCAGUCAAUUUUGUAUUGGAAUUUACUAGCAAGGUAGUUCAAUUUAUAGAGGAAAAAAAGAAAAUGAAGAAUCUUCUAUAUAUGUUCGUGAAAUGUCAAAGAAUAUGAAGGUUAUAGUUUCUUUGUGAGAAGGAUUCAAACGUCGAUAGUCAUGUAGUUUGAUCGUUGGAGAUGAAAUGUGCCCUUUAUGUUUAAAUUAGGGAGUCUAUAGUGUUUCAGAAUUCAGGCUGCAGCUUGGUAGACAUAAAAACAGAGUUUAAAUAUAGAUGAUGUCUAGGAUUACUUUUUUGUUUGUUUUAGUAAUUCUAUUUUGUUUUAUAAUUUUAUAGAAAUUUAUUUGAAUUUCACAGAACUAUAUUUUUUUUUUUGGCUUAAUAUAUUGUUUGACUCCUAAA